UUGAUUCUCACUUCAACGUGAAAUAUGCUUGGCAGGGCCUUGUGGCACAGACAAGGAAGCAUUCUCCCUGUUGGCCGCGGGCUUGGCAUCCCAACGACGGCAUCCAAACACCUUUCCUCAACAUCUCGAGAUGUGAUGAAUCGAAGAUAUGAUGCAACGCUUUUUUCUCAGCCUUCUUGUGUGGGCAUAUAGUGGGAUUGGGUUGGCCGCGGCAGAUGUGACUCGGGGCAAGGUGUUUGACCGGUUCAUCACCAUUUGGCUCGAGAACCAGGACUACGCCAAGGUCGUUGUCGACAGUAGCAUCGUCGAUCUGAAGCGCCAGGGCAUUCUGUUGACCAGAUACUACGCCCAUACCCACCCCAGCCAACCCAAUUACCUCGCUGCCCUCGCUGGCGAGUACUUCGGCAACAACCACGACGACUGGGUGCGCCUUCCCGAGAAUGUCGCAACUAUUGUCGACCUGCUCGAGGACAAGGACGUAACAUGGGGUGGCUAUUUCGAGGACAUGCCGGGGCCCGGUUACAUGGGCAAUGCCAGCGACGGGUCGACUGGCACCGAUGGGUGGGACUAUGUCAGAAAACACAAUCCGUUUGUGACCUAUGACAGCGUCACCAACGACGGAGAACGGCUGCUGAAGCUCGAGUCCUUCGACACCUUCCAACGGACAUUUGCUGCUAAGCAGGUGCCGCAAUUCGUCUUCAUGACGCCCAACAUGAUGAACGACGGCCACAACACGACACUGGAUUUUGCUACCAAGUGGUCGCACAAGUUCCUCCAGCCGUUGCUCGCCGACAAGGCCUUUGACGAAAAGACACUGAUCGCCCUUACCUACGACGAGUCGGAGACGUACAGCGAGCCAAACCACAUCGUUACCCUGCUCUUGGGCAGCGCCAUCCCGCCGGCCCUCAAGGGCACCCAGGACGAUACCUUCUACACCCACUACAGCAUGUUGUCGACCCUGCAGGCGAACUGGGGCCUACAUAAUCUGGGUCGGUACGAUGUCGGCGCAAAUGUCUUCAAGUUCGUCGCCGACAAGGUCGGGUACACGGCAAACAAGGACCCAGAGAAUCUGCCCACUGUCAACAACUCGGUGUCCUACCCUGGCAUGCUGCACAAUGACUCCUCGGUGCGCCUGCCCAUCCCGGUACCAAACAUGAAGCUUGUCGGCGCAGGCGGGCUUGGGAUCUUGCCGUCAAUUAAGGCAGCCUGGUCGGGCGCCCAAACAGGGCAGACGCCGUACGAUGGCGGCGGGAGAGUGUUUGAUGGGGACAGGAAUCCUCCCGUCUACAACAAACCCGCAGACAAUUCGCCAUAGUUCUCCUUAGCCACAUUGAGUUUCUUAUCAUUGCAUAGUCUAUCUUUGCGUCCCGCUGCUUCAUUCCCUUCACGACCGCCUUGCUAUCUGUCCGUGCUUUUCUCUCCCUACUUUAACGAUGACGCUCUUCGUGCAUUGACAUUCUACUCAUCGAAGGUGCUAAGGAUUCAGGACGGCCCGGCAUUCUUAGCUUUGCUCUCGUCAACCUAUAAUA